CAACCCUUCCACUACCAAAGUCAGUUACAAAAUUGAAAUCGUUCCACUUCCAUGUUCAUAAACCACCCCUCUCAAUCAUCCCCAAAUCCAAAAACGGUUCCUCCUUUCAAUUCUCCAACGAUUUCGAUCAGCGACACCGUCAAUCUCAUAAGUCGAAAAUUGAUGGAUGAUGCCAGGGCUGCAUGGAUAAAUAAUAGGGAAAUUCCAAAGAUGAACAGUAGUCAUCCAAAUGAAAAAGUCGAUUCAGUUUACAAAGCCUUCCCGAUCAUGUGUGUAAGCAUCUUGUGUUUUUUAUGUGCUAUGCAGAUGAACAGUAGUCAUCCAAAUGAAAAAGUCGAUUCAUAUUACAAAGCCUUCCCUCUAUUUCAAAACUUUUUUUCGGCUUACAUGUACUUCAAUAUUUUUCCUUUCAGGAAUGUGGACGAGCUGGUAGAGAUGGUCAGCCUGCUUCCUGUGUAUUAUAUUAUAGCUACAGUGACUAUGGAAUUACUGAGGGCUUACUCUAAAUGCCAAAAUAGUGCUGAAAUUUUUUCUGUUCAAAAUGAAUGGCUAUCACAAGCACGUCAGAGUUUGGAUGAGUUGGAUUUUAAGAUUGAUCAAGGGCGACUUCAAGACUCAGAGUGUUUGUUUACAAUAAUUUUUGUUUUCUUUGUUGUAGAUAUAGUGAAGAUCUUAAUGGAGGCUCAUUCUGAAAGGGUUUUUUUUACCUAA